CUGUUCUUCAGUCUGCUCUCUCUCUGCAAAUCGAGCCUCUCUGGACUGAGCUGCAGGACACACACCAGCCCUCUGCUGCCUCCACUCUUCAGCUAUCCUCAGGUGAUUACCCAGAUCACGUAAAACAUGGCGAACUCUUUCACCCGUGUGAUGUCUGGCCGUAACACAGCGGUGGUGUUGGCCAGCAUAGGAGCUGGCACACUGACAUCUGGAUAUCUCCUCAGUGACAGCACUGCCGCUGCUGAGAGGAAGAGGCUCUAUCCAGCCAGUGCUGAUUUCCCUGACCUGAGAAAGCACAACAACUGCAUGGCAGCAGCCCUGACCCCAACUAUGUAUGCACGACUGAGGGACAAAGAAACCCCCCACAACUGGACCCUGGACCAAUGCAUCCAGACUGGGGUAGACAACCCCGGACACCCCUUCAUCAAGACCGUGGGCAUGGUAGCUGGAGAUGAGGAGAGCUACGAGGUGUUUGCUGAGCUGUUUGACCCCGUUAUCAAGGACAGACACAAUGGCUAUGACCCUCGCACAAUGAAGCACCCCACUGAUCUGGACGCUUCCAAGAUUACCUCAGGAAUGUUUGAUGAGCGCUAUGUGCUGUCAUCUCGUGUCCGUACUGGUCGUAGCAUCCGUGGACUGAGUCUUCCCCCUGCGUGCUCGCGCUCGGAGCGUCGUGAAGUGGAGCGUGUGGUGGUGACAGCUCUGUCCGGCCUGAAGGGAGACCUGUCUGGUCGCUACUACAGCCUGGGAGACAUGAGUGACAGGGAGCAACAGCAGCUUAUUGAUGAGCACUUCCUGUUUGAUAAACCUGUGUCACCUCUGCUCACGGCAGCUGGGAUGGCCAGAGAUUGGCCUGAUGCUCGUGGGAUCUGGCACAACAAUGAGAAGAACUUCUUGAUCUGGAUCAAUGAAGAGGACCACACAAGGGUCAUAUCCAUGGAGAAAGGAGGAAACAUGAAAAGAGUGUUUGAAAGGUUCUGCAGAGGUCUUAAACAGGUGGAGCAACUCAUUCAGGAGAGAGGUUGGGAGUUCAUGUGGAAUGAGCGUCUGGGCUACAUCCUCACCUGCCCCUCUAACCUUGGCACUGGGCUCAGGGCUGGUGUCCAUAUUCGCCUGCCCUACCUCAGCAGGGACCCUCGCUUCAAAAAGAUCUUGGAUAACCUGAGGCUACAGAAGAGAGGCACAGGAGGCGUGGACACAGCUGCUACCGGAGACACCGUUGACAUCUCUAACCUCGACCGUCUGGGCAAGUCCGAGGUCGAGCUGGUACAAUUAGUGAUUGACGGUAUAAACUACCUAAUUGAAUGUGAGAAGAGGUUGGAGAAGGGGCAGGACAUCAAGAUCCCCUCCCCCAUCUCUCAGUUCAGAAAGUGAACGUCACCUCUGCGGGGAAUCUUGGAAUAGAGCAGGCGCUCCAACCGCUGGUCGUUUAACUGUUGGUCUUACAAGAUAUUCAUGGCAUGUUUAGCACUGUACUGACUUACAUGCACAAUAAAUCUAUUACAUGUACAUGAAUUCUAAACACAAUAAACUCUUGAUGAACUGA